GCAGUCGCUAACGCCUUUCUCCUGCGCGGCCUUCGGCCUUCGGGUUUGCAGCGGCAUGGCCACUCCCAAGCGGUUCCCAACACUGGUGCAACUGCAGCAGCGAGAAGGGAUGCUCUUCGAGGUGCUCGGAAGCCUCAACAAAAUACCCUACUGGUUCCACCACGAGUUCCUGAAGAAUCCGAAGGCAGUUCGCCUCGAGUCUUGGUUGGUGGAAGCAAUCUUCGGCCCGGACGGAGAGCACAUUCCGGACAUCGAGUGUACGUCCCACAUCCUGCUUCACGUGAAUCGGUGGGACCCGGACGGCGAGGCUGAGAUCCUGAUAUUCGGGCGGCCUUAUUACCAGAAGGACACAGCCAAAUUAGUCAUGAACUUGGCUGACCAUCACCGCCAGCUCCGGGCGCAAGGUACUGGUUUUCUCCUUGCAAGGGAUCUAGAAGGCCAAGAAACCAAGACUCAGCAGUUUCCGAAGGCUGUCCGGGAGGUCAGGACCCAGCAGUCUUCUGAAGCUAACAGGGAGGCUGGGAUCCAGCGAUCUCUGGUCCAAGUCCGGGAGGCCGGGACCCAGUGGCCUCCGGUGAAGGUCCGGGAAGGUGGGACCCAUUGGACUCAGGUCUAG